GUGAAUUAGUCUCCCUUGAUAUGUCUGGACGCGGUAAACAGGGCGGCAAGGCUCGCGCCAAGGCCAAGACGCGCUCGUCGCGGGCCGGGCUGCAGUUCCCGGUGGGCCGCGUGCACCGCCUGCUCCGCAAGGGCAACUACGCCGAGCGGGUGGGGGCCGGCGCGCCGGUGUACCUGGCGGCCGUGCUCGAGUACCUGACGGCCGAGAUCCUGGAGCUGGCGGGCAACGCGGCCCGCGACAACAAGAAGACGCGCAUCAUCCCGCGCCACCUGCAGCUGGCCAUCCGCAACGACGAGGAGCUCAACAAGCUGCUGGGCCGCGUCACCAUCGCGCAGGGCGGCGUCCUGCCCAACAUCCAGGCCGUGCUGCUGCCCAAGAAGACCGAGAGCCACCACAAGGCUAAGAGCAAGUAAAGUCUAGCCCAGAACACCACGGAUCUUCCGCUUU